AUGCCUCAAAAGAUCUCUCCUCGAACAGUUUCUGUUGAAGUGCCCCAAAAGAUUUCUCCUCAGGCAGUUUCUUCAGAAGUGCCUCAAAAGAUUUCUCCUCGAGUUGUGCGUCAACUGAAGACAACUGCAUUGGAAUCGGAAUCUUCAUCUGCUUCAAACCAAGCUAGUAGGACACCAAAAGACAGAAGCCCUAAAGUGAAUGAACGCAAGUCACCCAGAAGCCCAGUUCCUGAGAAGAAGCGCCCAAGCAGAGUUGCUGAGCUGGAAUCUCAGAUUUCUCAACUUCAAAAUGAUUUGAAAAAGGUGAAGGAUCAGCUGAGUUCAUCAGAAUCAUUGAAGAAGCAAGCCCAACAAGAAGCAGAGGAGUCAAAAAAGCAGCUCUCAGCCCUAUCUUCAAAGCUCGAAGAGUCCAAGCAACAGCUUUUGGAGCGGUCUGCUUUUGAGGAUGUUAGUGUAAUUGAACUCCAAAGUAUCUCCAAGGAACAAGACCAAGCAUGGGAAUCCAAGCUUGAGGCUAUCCAGAAGCAGCAUUCAGUUGAGUUAGGUGCUUUGGCCUCCGCUUUGGAUGAGAUUAAGAUACUAAAAGUCCAGCUUGAAAUGUUAGCUGAAUCUGAGGAUGAAAAGUCCAAGCAAGCAGAAUCUACCCAUGCUGAACUCCAUAGCUUGAAAGAAAACCUUGCAGAGACCCUUUUGCUUUUGGAAGACAUGAAAAACCAGCUGAGGGAUUGCAAAGAUUCGGAAGCUCAGGCACAGGCACUUCUUGGUGAAACUAUGCUUCAGCUGGAAACAACCAGAAGGACUGUAGAGAACCUCAGGUUGGAUGGUAUCAAAUCCAAGGAGGCCUAUGAAGCCAUAACUAUGGAGCUGGACCAAUCAAGGGCACACGAAAACAUGCUGGAACAACUUGUAAACAAACUUAAGGAUGAUAACACUAAUGCUGGCAGCAAUAUUUACUCGAAUUGUGAAGGUGAUCAAAACCACGAAUCUGAAACCAUAGAAACUGAAAAGACUGGAAAACCAAUUGAAGCAGAGCUUAGUUGCAUGAACUCUGAAGUACAACGACUAAGAUCUGCUCUGGAAGCCAAUGAGAUCAGAUACCAUGAAGAAAAAACUCAAAGCACAGUGCAGAUUAGAAGUGCUUAUGAAAUAGUAGAGCAGAUAAAAUCCACAUCGAGCCUGAGAGAGGGUGAGCUGGAGGCAGAACUAAAGAAAUCCAAAGUUGAUAUUGAAGAGUUGAAGGCAAACUUGAUGGAUAAGGAAACUGAAUUGCAGGGUAUCUGCGAGGAAAAUGAGGAUUUGAAUAUGCGGCUGGAGAAUGCUCUGUCAGGCAAUAGAGAGUUUGAACUUGAAAAGGAGCUCAAAAAAUUGAAGGACGAUGUUGAAAAUUUAAAAGCGAAUUUGAUGGAUAAGGAGACAGAAUUACAGAAUCUUUCUGAGGAAAACAAGAUACUAAAGUUUGAAACUGGAAACGGUGAAAUGAAUAACGGGGGUAAAGUGAGUGAUGAGGUUGUUAUCGACUUAGAGGCUGCAAGGGCUGCAGAGCGAGAGGCUCUCAUGAAGCUCGGUUAUGUGAUGGAGGAAGCAGAUAAGAGUAACAGGAAGGCAGCACGAGUGGCCGAGCAGUUGGAGGCAGUGCAGGCAGCAAAUUCUGAAAUGGAGGCCGAGUUAAGGAGGCUGAAGGUGCAGUCUGACCAGUGGAGAAAGGCCGCGGAGGCAGCUGCAGCUAUGCUUUCAACAGGAAACAAUGGAAAGUUUAUGGAGAGAACUGGGUCAAUGGACAGCCACUAUAGUCCUAUGGCAGGGAAGAUUGGUUCACCUUAUUCCGAAGACAUAGAGGAUGAAUUUAUCAAAAAGAAAAAUGGGAACAUGCUGAAGAGGAUUGGGGUCUUGUGGAAGAAGCCGCAGAAAUAG